AUGGUCUCUCGCAACCCACACGCCAUGCUGACCGUGGUGGUAGAAGUGGAGUCGGGGAAGGGAUCAGGUAGGGAGUUCUGGGAGGGUGAUGAGAGGAGGGUGCAAGCCCUCAGGCCCCUGGAUCCUGGGGUACCGACUGCCUCCAGAGCUCCUUUGCUCAGGGCACCUGAGUCAGUGAAAUGUGCCUGUAUCUCCCUGCAGGAGGCAAAGCAGGAGCUGCUGGCACAUGUCCAAUCCACACUGGGCUCUGUGGGCCGAGGGUACAGUGUGGCCCUGUUGCUCCGAGGCAGGGAAACAGAGGCACCUCGACUCUUGCCUCAGCUGUUGCAGAUGCUGUUUGAGGAAGCUCUGCCCCAAAGCUGUUCUGAUCCUGUGCUUAGCACUCUUAGCCUGGUGCAGUUCAGCCCCAGAGGAAGCACCCGGGACCUGCUCUCUCCAGGGGUGGAGAACCUGUCAGUGCUGGAUGUGGCCCCUCUGGGCUUGGUGGUAGAAGAUGCCACUGAAGUGGAGGUGUCUGACUUAAGAGCUGCCUCAGAUCUGUACUUGCAGCCCACAGUGGGUGAAGGCAGGGACUGCCCCCUGCUGCGGGUGUUGGCUGGUGAAGUUGUUGGUGAGGAGGCGGAGGGCUCUUUGCCCUGGAUUGUCUCACGGCUCUUGGAAGGAAACAACUACGGUGGCCUACUUCUUCGUCUGGACCCUCAAGGUAGCUCCCUGAGUUUGCUCCAGGCUGCUCUGCUGGGGGCCUCAGGAAGAAGGAUGCAGGUGAAACAGGUGAGACCCACCCCGUGGGAUGCAGUAGAAGACGCUCGGGCCCGCCUGGCUGGCCUGAGGCUCCUGCGUUUAGGCCUCCUUGGGGACACCCUAACGGACAGUGGGUUAAGCCAGCUGGUCAGGGCACUGUGGGAGCUACAGGUGACAGAUUCACCAGCAAGCCAGAGCCCAUGCCUCGAGGGAGAGCCCCAGGCUCUGGUGAUGAGGUUCUAUUGGAAAAGCUGGGCAUGCACAUGGACUUCUGACCGAGCCCAGCAGGUACCAGAUGUGGCCCUGUAAUUCUUCUUGGCCCAGGCCUGGAGGCAGAGACUGAGGGAGCAGCACAAAAUUUGGAUUCAAGAGAAGCUGGAGCAUUUGGAACAUAAGGAGGAGGUGGCAGAUGACCAGGUCAAAGGCCUGGUGGCUGAAGAGAAGGCCUGCGAGGAGAGGCAGAGAUGGCAGCAGGAACAGAUGGUGCUGAGAUUCCAGCUGCAGGCCCUUCACGAAGAGCAGGACAUGGCAGAGCAGGACCUGGCAGCCCUCUCUGACCUGCAUGUGCAGGCCACCCGAGCUCGGACACACCAUGUGCUGCAGGUAUUCCAAGCCUGGCAGGGCCUGUGGGAGAAGCGGACCCUCACCGCAGAGCAUCGUCACCGCAGCCUGCUGGCUGGCAUCCUGGAAGAUACAAUCAACCUGGCCACACAGAAUCAGGAGCUCCAAGCUCAGAACCAGCAGCUUCAGCAGGGUGUAGACUAGGCUCGGGGCAGUCAUGCUGGACCUCUGCCUGGGGAGAAAUCUGAUCAGGAACCCUUUAGAGGUAGCUUCCUCUCUCCUAAUGUUUGA